AUGAUGCACAGGUUCCGAAAGUGGCUGUACAAACCCAAGAGGUCGGACCCGCAGCUGCUGGCCCAGUUCUACUAUGCGGACGAGGAGCUGAACCAGGUGGCGGCCGAGCUGGACAGCCUGGACGGGCGGAAGGACCCCCAGCGGUGCACCCUGCUCGUCAGCCAGUUCCGCUCCUGCCAGGACAACGUGCUGAACAUCAUCGACCAGAUCAUGGACGCCUGCAUCCCCCAGGACCGCGCCCCCCGGGACUUCUGUGUCAAGUUCCCCGAGGAGAUCCGGCACGACAACCUGGCCGGCCAGCUGUGGUUCGGUGCCGAGUGCCUGGCCGCCGGCUCCAUCAUCAUGAACCGGGAGCUGGAGAGCAUGGCCAUGCGGCCGCUGGCCAAGGAGCUGACGCGCAGCCUGGAGGACGUGCGGGGCGCCCUGCGCGACCAGGCGCUGCGGGACCUGGGCACGUACACGGAGAGGAUGCGGGACACCCUGCGCCGCUUCGACGAGCUGUUCGCCGAGUUCGAGCUCAGCUACGUGUCGGCCAUGGUGCCCGUGAAGUCGCCCCGGGAGUACCACGUGCAGCAGGAGGUCAUCGUGCUGUUCUGCGAGACGGUGGAGCGGGCCCUGGACUGCGGGUACCUGACCCAGGACAUGAUUGACGACUACGAGCCCGCCCUCAUGUUCACCAUCCCCAGGCUGGCCAUCGUGUGCGGCCUCGUAGUGUACGCGGACGGACCCCUGAACCUGGACCGCAAGGCGGAGGACAUGUCCGAGCUGUUCCGGCCCUUCCACACGCUGCUGCGGAAGAUCAGGGAUUUGCUGCAGACCCUGACCGAGGACGAGCUGCACACGCUGGAGCGGAACCUCUGCAUCUCCCAUGACGUGGAGUUCCCCCUCCGCACGGACGCCCCGGUGCCCCCGGCCCUGGCGCCCGCCUUCCCCGCGCCCCUCCCGCCCGAGGAGCUGCUGCCGGCCAAGGCCAAGGACCUGGAGGCCGAGCUGGCCUGCUCCAUGCAGUACGAUGACCAGGAGCUGGAGCAGCUGAGCCGCAUGGUGCACCGGGCGGGGGACGCCAUGUCCUCGCUGCUGUCCCCGCCCAGCGCCUGCCAGUCCCCGGCUCGCCGGCCAGGCAGCGCGGGCGGCGAGGGCAGCCCCCGGGCGGAGGCCUCCCCCGGCCGCAGGCUGCGGCCCUCGGGCAGCGACGAGGAGGAGGGCAGGGUGUUCUUCAUGGACGACGUGGAGGGGGCCCCGGAGGCCCCGGGCAGCCCCUCCGUGUGGCCGGGCGGCCCCCAGCGGGGAGAGCAGGGCGGGGAGGCCGGGGCCCCGGUGCCCGCCGCCCCGAAGGACAAGGGAGACGUGAGCAAUAACAACAACGCUCCGGACGGGGACCGGGCGUGGGCGGCCGGCCCCAACUCCUGCAGCUGCCUGGACGGCCCGCCGCCCCCCGACGGCUGGGAGGCCGCGGCGGACGACGCGGAGACCGCCGAGAUGAUCGCCCACCGCACGGGGGGCAUGAAGCUCUCGGCCACCGUCAUCUUCAACCCCAAGUCGCCCGCCUCCCCGGACGGCGGCGUCCCUGCCCUGGAAGCGCCCGGACCCGGGGCCUCCCCAUCGGAGACCGCGGCCGAGGGCACGGAGGGCGGCCCCCACAAGCUCAGCACCGCCACGGCCACCAGCUGCCUCCUCCAUUCCUGCGUGUGCUGCGCCGGCUGCAGGAGCGGCGGGGAGGAGGCCACCGAGAGCCUGCCGGACAAGGGCAGCCCGGGCGUCCCCGGCACCUCCUACGUGGGCUUGGGCUCGGGCGUGGCCAAGGGCGGGGCUGAGCGGCCGGAGGAGGCCCGGCCUGCCCUGGAGGCACUGCCCUCGGGCCCCCCGGCCCCCCUGCCCACAGAAGACACUCCCGAUCAGCAGGAGCCCAGAGCCCCUGCUCUCAGCAAGUGCCUGGACCUCCCCUCGGGGCCCACGGUGGACGCAGCAGACGGCCUGCAGGGCAUCGGGGACGGCGGUCAGCAGGAGCCCGAGGCCGGACAGCUGGACGAUGGACAGCCCUCCCUGAGCCGCAGCCUUUCGGGCCCCAGGGGCUGCCUGGCCGGGGCCUGCUCGGCGGACAAGGCUGGGCCAGAGGCGGCGCCCGUGGCCACGAGAGAGAAGAUGCGGUCCCGGUUCCACAGCAGCCACGACCUGAUCCAUCGCCUGUUCGUCUGCAUCUCAGGGGUGGCUGACCAGCUGCAGACCAACUACGCCAGUGACCUGAGGAGUAUUCUCAAGACCCUCUUCGAGGUCAUGGCCACCAAGCCGGAGAUGGACGACAAGGACAAGCUGCGGAAGGUGACCCAGACGCUGCGGGGCGCGGCCUUGGAGGACUGCGCCCUGUGCCAGGAGACCCUGUCGUCCUCCGAGCUGGUCGCCAAGACCCGGGACGGAGACUUGGAAGACCCGCCCGAGUGGGUCCCGGACGAGGCCUGCAGCCUCUGCACCGCCUGCAAGGCGCCCUUCACAGUCAUCCGCAGGAAGCACCACUGCCGCAGCUGCGGGAAGAUCUUCUGCUCUCGCUGCUCCUCGCACUCGGCGCCGCUGCCGCGCUACGGGCAGGUGAAGGCGGUGCGCGUGUGCACGCACUGCUACAUGUUCCACGUGACGCCCUUCUACAGCGACAAGGCGGGCGUCUGA